AUGCACGAGGCAGAAGACGACAAACCGAGCUCGCUCGGAAACGACAACGCCUUUGCCGCACACGGUGACACUAGCGAUGAUGAUAUUGUCGAAGUGCCUCCUGUCACUCCUCCCAUCUCCAAAGGAAACCUAGACCCGUCGCAAGGGGAAGCACCUGUUGCUCCAGUCCCGUUAAAAGACGCACUUAAUGACGCACUUAGUGACGCUUUACCCACUGUUGUGGAAGCUUCCGCCAUUUCUCCCCUUAGCACUUCCGCCUCAGCCAACCCCGUCACCACGACGGUUACAGCUGCCACCGACACUUCCGCAGAAGCUUCCGCCGCUUCAGCUCCGCCCGCUUCCACCGCGUCCGCCGCUUCCGUUCCGCCUCCCUCUUCCGCCCCUUCCGCUUCUUCCACCCCUUCCGCUGCUCCUGCUCUCUCCGCUCCUCGUGACGCGGACGGAGUCAGCGGGGGGGACGGCGAGAGCGACGACGACUGGGAGGGCAUAGAGGCGUCAGAGGCGGAGGAUCGAUUCUCGGCGGCGGCAGCUUUAGUGACGACUAUGGCGGCUACGGGUAAUUUGCGGAUUGGAGAGGGGCUGCAGCUGCUGCUGUAUGGGCUGUAUAAGCAAGCCAGCGACGGGCCGUGCGACACGAAGCAGCCCGCUGUCUACAGCUUCAAGGCGCGGGCCAAAUGGGAUGCAUGGAAAAAGCUGGGGAGCAUGAGACAGGACGAGGCGAUGGCGCAGUACGUGGGGCUGGUGGAGCAGAUUAUUCCGAACCCCAACGAGGGAUCCAAGGGCGGAGAUGGGGGAGGAGGAGGGGGAGGGGGAGGGGCAGGGCGGGGGGUGAGUACAAUGCUGAUGGCGGAAGGAGGGGAGGAGGGUGAAGGGGGAAAGGUGGGGGAGGAAGGGGAAGGCGGAGCGAGUGGAAUGGCAGCGGCGGACAGCAGUGGGUCUGGCUUCGGUCGCCUGCAUGCACUGGCUAGUGCUGAUGUGGAGGACACGCCAGCAGUGGAGGAGUGGGUAAAGCAGCACCCGGAGGCUCUGGAACAGAGAGACGACGAAGGCCGGACGGCGCUGCACUGGGCGGCAGACAGAGGCAAACUAGCCAUGACUCGGUGCCUGCUGGCUCAAGGCGCUGACGUCAAUCAGACUGACGACGAGGGCCAAACUCCCCUGCACUAUGCUACAGUAUGCGAGCACGAAUCAAUCGCCGACCUUCUGCUCGAGAAUGGUGCCGAUCCUUGCCGCCCGGACAAUGAGGGCACAUGCCCCAAGGAUAUUCGCCCGGCCUCUUGCGCCACUCUCGGCCAGCAGCGCCUCGUCGCGGCCAAACCCAACAUCGCCGCCUCCCAAGGACCCCCGUCCCCCCACGCCGCCCAUUCUCUCCCCCCGGACCUCCCUCAUCCCCCCUCCACGUCAGCCGACGGGCUGGCAGCGCUGCAGAUGGCACACCCCCCCUGCACGUCAGCCGACGGGCUGGCAGCGCUGCAGAUGGCGCGGGGAGAGCUGGAGCCAUGUCGUGACGACACUGCAUGUGGUGGUUAA